AUCUCUGACUGUGGCCAGGGCUCUGGAACACCAGCCCUCUCUGUCGUCCACAGCAUCAACCAUUCACCACACAGGCUGGUGCUUGCACUCCACACAACCAUGUCAUCAGCCCCCCGUGUGGCAGUAGUGACCGGAGCUAACAAGGGCCUUGGCUUCGCCAUCAUGAGGGACCUGUGCCGGAAUUUCUCUGGGGAUGUGGUGCUCACUGCCAGGGAUGAAGCACGGGGCCGGGCAGCUGUGCAGCAGCUCCAGUCCGAGGGCCUGAGCCCACGCUUCCACCUGCUGGACAUUGAUGACCUACAGAGCAUCUGCACCCUGCGUGACUUCCUGUGCAAGGAGUACAGGGGCCUGGACGUGCUGGUCAACAACGCAGGCAUCAACUUUGAUACUGGUGAUCCAACACCCCUACCUAUUCAAGCAGAAGUGACACUGAAAACAAACUUCUUUGGCACCCGAAAUGUGUGCAGAGAACUGCUGCCUCUAAUGAAACCCCAAGGCAGAGUGGUGAAUGUGUCUAGCGUAAUGGGCUUCGUAACCCUUAAACAGUGCAGCCCAGAACUGCAACAGAAGUUUACAAGUGAGACCAUCACAGAGGAGGAGCUGGGGAUUCUCAUGGACAAGUUUGUGGAAGACGUAAAGAAUGGAGUGCACAAGAAGGAGGGCUGGCCUGAUAUGAAACUAGUCACCUAUGGAAUAUCAAAGAUGGGUAUCACCAUUCUGUCCAGAAUCCAUGCCAGGAAACUGAGUGAGCAGAGAAGAGGUGACAAGAUCUUCCUGAAUGCCUGCUGCCCUGGGUGGCUGAGAACAGACAUGGGUGGACCAAAAGGCAUCAAAAGCCCAGAAGAAGGAGCAGAGACCCCUGUCUACUUAGCCCUUUUGCCCUCAGAUGCUGAGGGGCCUCAUGGCGAGUUUGUUAUGGAAAAGAAAGUUGAACAAUGGGGACUCUCCUUUCAGUUUCCUCCAUGGAUCGUAAUUUGAUAUCUGCCAUGAUUUGACCAAAAUAACUCUUAUGCUAUCAACAAUAUCCUUAUCAAAAAAAAAAAAAGGAAUUACUAACUCUAUUGAGUAUUCACAUUGUAUUGGUACUAAUUCUGU